AUGGGCAAUCAGAUAAAGCUGGCCUUCAGGAACUUCGCCAGGCCUGGACUGGGCGUGGAGGACCACCAGGAACUUGUCCUAGGGCAGUUGAUGCCUCUGGAGCCCAACAAGACCAAGCCAGAUGGAAGGGAGAUCUCAGCAGAGUGGGCUGAGGCUGAAGUGGGCCGGGCUGCAACUCUGGACCUCACAGCUCACUCUUCCCUCUCCAGGAGUGCCUACGCCUCAACAACUUCGCGGUACACGCCAUUGUCUCUGCUCUGUGCAGCGACCCAAUACAUCGGCUACACAAGACAUGGGCAGCAGUGUCCAGGCGAGGAGGGUUCCCUCCACGGGAGCACCAGGGAGUGCCUAAGCCUCAACAACUUCUCCGCAGUGCACGCCAUUGUCUCUGCUCUGUGCAGCGACCCAAUACAUCGGCUACACAGGACAUGGGCAGCAGUGUCCAGUAAAAGCACAAAAUAUCUAAAACAACUCUGCAAAACAGACACUGCCGUGAAGAGGGACCUGCUGAUCAAGGCGGGGAGCUUUAAGGUGGCCACCCAGGAGAGGAACCACCAGAGAGCCCAGAUGAGGCUACGGAGGCAGAAGGUGGGAGUGGUCCCCUUCCUGGGGGAUUUUCUGACUGUGUUACAGAGGUUGGAUUCGGCCAUCCCGGACGAUCUGGAUGGCAACAUCAACAAGAAGAGGAAGGAGGUCCGAGUUCUGCAGGAAAUGCAGCUGCUCCAAGUGGCUGCCAUGAAUUACAGGCUUCGGCCUCUUGAGAAAUUUGUCACCUAUUUCAAAAGAAUGGAGCAGCUCAGUGACAAGGAGAGGCUGCACUGCAGUGUCGCCAUCUCUGCUCACUGCAACGUCUGCCUCCUGGCCUCAAGACCUUUGUCAGCCUCCCAAGCAGCUGGGACUACCACUGUACACCACCAUGUCCUGUUGUUCUGCUGUUGUUGUUCUGCUACAAGCUUUCCUGCCAGCUGGAGCCCAAAUCCCAGUAGGCCAGCAACAUCCUGCAGUGGCUGGGACCCCACCGGGAUGUUGGCCAGAACACCAGCUCUGCACCAUCCUUCACCCAGACCGUGA